AUGGGUUCCAGAUCCCCCACCACUGCAAUGACCAUAGUGCUUGGCACUAUGUCUUUUGGCGAACCAGGGACUCGAGAACACCCGGAGAUAAACACGGUUGAUCAGGCGCGAGAAGUCCUCGAUGUCUUCCAGAGUUACGGCCACAGCCGACUGGAUACAGCGCGCACCUAUGGCGAAGGCACGACUGAGGGGCUUCUUGCCGACGUGGGCUGGCAGGACCGCGGCCUGCGGGUUGACACGAAGCUAUUUCCUUCAGCGGGUCACCCGCUGGAAAGAGGUGCAGGAUAUACACAUUCAGCAGCUGACGUGCGCCGUGGUCUGUUGGACAGCUUGAAGGCCCUGGGCGCCGAUCGUGUGGAGACCUUCUUCUUGCACGGACCCGACCGAAAGCAUCCCUUCGAAGAGACAUUGGAAGCUGUCAACAGCUUACGGCUGGAAGGCCGCUUCGAGCGCUUCGGCCUCAGUAAUUACCCGUCUUGGGAAGUGGCACGGAUCUGUGAGAUAUGCGACAAGCGUGGGUGGCCGCGUCCAUCUGUGUAUGAAGGCCACUACAAUGUACUCAUGCGACGCACCGAGGACGAGCUCUUCCCUUGCUUGCGGUAUUACGGCAUGUCCUUCCACGUAUACUCACCUCUUUGUAGCGGGUUCCUCACGGGGCAGUAUUCCCGCGGCGUAAAAGUAGCGGACAUUCCGAAUCUGCACCUACGCUCGCUUUGGAACCCGCUGUAUUUCGAUGGCCUGGACAUAUUGCAAGCUGCGGCAAAGAAGCAUAGCUUGACAUUGCCUGAGCUGUGCCUGCGCUGGCUCGUACACCACUCCAAUCUGCGGCAAGAUCUUGGCGACGCCAUCUUGACUGGGGCGGCUACUGCGCAGAUCCUCGAUUCCAACUUGCAACAGUUUGAAAAAGGACCGCUGCCUGAUGACGUGGUGGAGGCCGUUGAUGCUGCCUGGUUCACCGUCAGGGCCGGCGCACCUAAGUACUGGUACUGA